AUGUCGACGCAGGAAAAGUCGUCUCCUCCUGGCUCGUCCAGUCAGGAACGUCUCCGUCACGACCAAGACAGCGGCUUCUCUCUUGGGAUCGACAGCUCGCGUCUAGCCAGUUGUUUUGCCAACUUUUCGUUCUGCCCUCCCUGUUCAUCCUGUGAUACCCAACCUCGAGGAUAUACUGGCGUAUCAUCCGCCGCGACACCACUUGAUUACGCUACGCGGCCACCAACAUACUUCAACGAUAAAUCUCCGCCAGUUCAGAGCCAGCCCUGGACCGUGUCUCCAGAACAAGUCGAUGUGUUUUCUUAUGAUGACUCUCCUGUUGCCUCGCAAUUUGUGUCCGGCUUCCCGGUGCUCCAACCCGGCCAGCCCAUGACAGUUCAGCCCAGCACGAGGAACGAGGGUAUGGUCUAUCCAGACACCUCGCCGCGACAUAAAUACGUAGGCCAGGCUGAUGUACAGGACUACUCAGUCGCAAAUCACGUGAGAAAUUCAUACGAUGCUGGACAUCCCCAAUAUGAAGGCCCUCCCCGGCAUGUGCCAGGCUACAGGGCAAAUUCCGGUGUCCUAUCUCCAGGCGGUGACCGAGCACGCAUGAUGGCACAGUCUCGUAACCUAGACAUGGUGCAAUCGCACCAGCGAAACCAGCCUCCAUCCAAGCGCGGCCCAUUCAAGAGUAAUGUUGAGCGGGAGCAGACGGCAGAAACGAGAAAAAUUGGCUCGUGCAUCCGCUGCCGAAUGCAGCGAAUUCGUUGUGCCACCAACCCCGAUGAUAAGCUGGGCACAUGUUUGACGUGCUCCAAGGUCUCCAACGGGAAAAUUUGGCGUUUACCUUGUCUUCGGUACAAGAUCACCGAUGUGAAGCUUUUCAAGCCCGGCCAAGUCAAGGGCCAUGAGUGGACGCGGAGGUGGACGGAGGGGAUCGCGGAUGACAUAUCACAAUGGGCUUCGCCUCUGACGAAAAACGUUAGUGUAACGGAGGGGUGGACUCAGCCAGUGCUGCUUCGCGUCCGUCAAUUUAUCCCACAGGAUGGCGAUUCGCUCGAGAGGACAUGGGUAUACAAUGGCACGAGAAGAAGCGUCACCAUUCCUGCGUAUGCAAUCGUCAAUAUUGAGGAAGCCAAGACGACAUACAUACAGCACAUCAACCAAGGGGUAAAGGAAUGCUUGACCAAGAUUCUGCAAAGCAAGGAAAAACUCAUCGCAUGGACGUAUGGACUGGCGUUGAAGGCGGUGGCGGAUGAGACGCUCGAGGGCAAGGAACGAGACCUCAUCCGAAAAGUUUUGCAGCUGUGGGUGGCCAUCCGGAUGACAACAAAGUCGACCGUCAUCGUGGGAGACGAGACGCUGGGCAUGUCGAGGGACAUCAUGGACGACACCAGCCCGCUCAAGGGAGAGAUCCCGCUGCCGCCGGUGAUGGGUGCUCAGAUCGAGCUCGUCCUGAUCCAUCAGAUCCAAGCGAAACUGCGGAGGGAGGUGCUGGAGCACCUGCAGGUCAUGAUACAAGCUAACAAUCAUGCGACGUGGCUGACGACGUACCUCGUAAUAUUCAUCCUCUUGCACAAUGUGUCGCUGCUGUGUCAACACGACGCCGGCUAUGCUCGAAAGCAUGGGAUCAAGGCACGUUUUGCGAGAGAAGACAUGGUGCGCGAAUACCAAAUGGGUGCCAACAUCUUCCUGGCAUACUUCCACUACGUCAACAAAGGCAUACAUCCAUUUUCUGCCGAGUGCAAGGAACAAGAUUUGAAAACCCUUGCCAACUUGGACCAGAAGAAGGUGCAGGUUGUGCACACCACAAGGAGGGUAGUCCAAGAACAGAAGAAGCUGUGGGAGAAGGUCCGCCAGAGCAACGCUUACGAAAACGAUUUCUAUUUUAUAAGUCAGAUGUACGAGGAGAACUGGCUCCCCCAACCACUGAUAUAA